ACAUCAAACAUGGCUGCCGUAUUAGUUUACCAAUAUUACGUAGGCAGCAUCUGUUCAACGACGAUCACUAUCUCUGAUACAGCCGAUUCCAUUUUGUAUUUGCAAAGUGGGGCCUCGUACAAUCCAAGUUCGCCGUGUUACGUCACGUUAACCACCGAAAACAAUCGGCACGUACUCAUCACUUUUUCCAUCUUAGACAUAUCUAAAAAUGAAGACGGGACCUGUGACGAUUAUAUCAACAUAUAUGACGGAGACGAGACGUCGGGAACCAAUUUGACCGACGCUGGGCUUUGUGGAACAAACACGGAUGCUGAGUCUGAUGGUUACUUGAGCAGUGGGACCGAUCUGACGAUGGAGUUCGUCACUGCGCUCACCAAUAUCGGGGGAGGCUUCACGGCUUGUGCCACUAGCGUUAAAGACAAAGAACUCGAAGGGGAGUGUGACGACAGUGAAAUUGAAUGCAACAAUCAAAGAUGCGUACACGCCAGUUUAAAAAACAAUGGACGGGACAACUGCGGUGAUAAGAGUGACGAAGAUGCGGCAGUAUUAUUGAACUUCUGGGACCAAUUGAUGGAACUAGGAAUGGUAGCGGCGAUAUGUAUCGUCGUGGCCAUUGCUAUCGCAUUCGUUAUAUUCAUCGUGUGCUUUGCGUGCUUCAUAGCCAAAUGUUGCUGCAAGAAAGCCGUCAGUCCCGUGUGAAUACCAAGAGCGACCAUGAGAUACGACACAUGACAGAGACUGUGACCUUUAUAGCUACCAUACCACGCAGCAAUCUUUGCCAACGCUUUACAUCGUAUAUUUUAAUUGUAUUAUUAACGUCGAAUUCAUCACUAAAAUGCAAUGUAGGGGAACAUGUUAUUUCCAUUAUACUGAGGAGAUAGUACUACUGUUUGUUAGAUAUACCAUCACUUUCCGUUAGUCCCGGAGACUACAUGCCAAGAUCGUUUAUGGAGAAUGUAUACGUGAUGUGAGACCUUCAAAAUAAUCUAUUCACACAAUCCAGUUUUAUUGCGUCAUACUCGGUGUGCGCUGCUUGGACUCGCUUUAAAGUCGACUAUCGGUGGGGGCGCAACACGCAUAAUGAUAGAUACGUGUACCCACGUGAAGUAGUCUCGUACCUUGGCUCAUGGGACAUUGCGAUACACUUCGUUGUUGUGCGAAAAGCCCUGUGACAAAUAACGACUCUGAAUGUCACGUAGAAUAAUUUAGGUCUCACAAAUAGACCAUUAUUCGUUAACUAUGAGAUCCCGCGAUAUGCGUGAAUUCGGACGCCGUAAAGGGACAGGACAAAGGUCGCAGAGGCGUCAAAGCAUCGUGUGGAAUUUAACAAACGAAAAACAAUUAUUUGGGUUCCACGUUUAAUAAUGUGCUAUACACAUUUGAUGAUCGUCAAUAUUUAAACAUAUCUCAACGCUAUAUUGAACUAUAUAAAUAAAAGAGAAAUUAGAGUUCAAAAUCAAAUCAUUCGAUUUUUGCGGCAGACAUGCGAACAGCAUCUUCUACGCAUUACGCGAGAUCUCGCAGUGAAUAAAAUGUCACCUUUUAGACUCGCCUGAAGGCUAAUUGCACAAUGCAAUUGACGUCUAACUUCAAAUUACUGAAAACGGAAACAUGUGAUUACUAUAGUUUACAAAUAAUGAAAACAUCGUCACAGUAUUGACAUGUUCCCAAAUGAGUUUGAUUUGGUUAGAAAGGUUGGAGGAAUUAGUUUGCCUGUUGCAACUUUGGAAAUGUGUCUAAAAACGAGCCCAAUCAACAUUGUCGUCGCUGAGGGCAGUGUUUAUAUACUACAAAUGUAGUACCAUAACUUGACCGUACCACUGACAAUAAAGCAUUAUACUUCGCCAAAUCCACGCACGAAGGUACACUUUACCUGACUGACUACGCACGUACACUGUCGUAACUAUUAGAUAACAUCGGUGAAGUCGAUUGACAUAACGUGGCGCUGAAAAUGUCACGUUAUAGUUUGUAUGACACUUCCACCGAUGGCUUUUUGAAGCAGCUAAUUUUGUCACGUGUUUUGUUAAAAAAAAAUAUUUUGUAAUAUUUUUCGUAGAAUAAAAUGAAAACUGUAUUUACGUAACCCA